GGAAUUCUAGGCUAGAUGGAGUUUUAUGAUUUUCACCCAUCCCAAAAGUAAAAAAGUACAAGUAUCGUGACAUUCGAAACUCCCAAGUCCUAAAAAGUAAAAGAAAUCACAAGGUUAGGAGUGUUCUCAACUUCGUCGUCUACGUCAAUCGAUAAUCCGAAAACUGGACUCAGAAGAUCGGCUCGAAUUGCUGUGCGUGCCAUCGCCUACAAGAGUCCCGACGGGGACGCAGACUCUCCGAAGCCAAAAGAGAUGGCUGGAGUUAAUCGUAUUUCCGAUAAAUUAAAAGUGGUUUCUUCUUCAAGUAGAAGAAAGAGGAAAAGAAGUCCAUUUUUUCUUCCUGAAGAGAUCCUAUUUAGCAUCCUACUUAAGCUUCCUGUUGAGGUUCUUUGCAAUGUGAUGAGGUAUGUUUGCCGAGAGUGGUAUAAUGUGAUUAAUGACCCUUGUUUCAUUGAUGCACACCUUCAAAAAUCAACCAAUUGCCUUUUAAUCCAAAGUUACCGCUUUCCAAAUUUUUUCCAUUUUGUGGAGAUACACGACAGCGAUAUUCAGACAAGAAUGGUAAGAUACGAGUUUCCUAUGUCUGCUUACUCUAGUUGUGACGGUUUAAUAUUGUUUCGGUGCAAUGAAGAGGGUAUCUUCUAUGUUGCAAAUCCUACCACGAUGCAACUAGUAAAACUCCCACCAUUAUCUUCAAAGUGGUGCUUUAUACGUGCUCCUCUUUUAACAUAUUUUCGCUCUACCGGGAGAUGCAAAGUGGUGCUUAUCCUCCGUGAUGAAAACAAUCAUAAUGUCUGUUUAAUAUUAACGGUGGGUGCUGAUAGUGCUUGGAGACAGAUUGAUACUAAACAUUUUCCAGACUUUGCUUCGCAUUCAUUUUCAUGCAAGUCGUUUUCUACCGGAGGGUAUAUUUAUUUGACUUGUGAUUAUGCUUCUCAUCUUUUUGCUUUGGACGCUGAAGCUGAAAUAUUUCACCGGUUUCCUAAACCAGACUGCACCAUAGGAGGGAAGUAUAUGGUGUGGAAAAGCUUUCUAGGUUUGGUGGCUCAUCAUGCUGCAUUUGUUUGGGAGCUUUGGGCCUUGACGGACUUGAAUACCGGAAAGUGGACCAAGCUUCUUUACAUCGACUUGAGAGGUAAAAGAUGCAAGAUUGAGCAAAAAUUUGAUGUCCCGUAUGGCGAAUCGUCUGUGCAGGGUUACUUAUCAAGAAAAAAUUUGUCUCUGGAUCGUUGUUUGGUUCCUAUUGCCUCAUUAAAAAAUGGAGAGGUGUUGAUCUUCCGUGGUACACUUCCAUUUAAAACUUACAUUGUUUUCAAUCUCAAAACCAGAAAAGUUUCUUCAUUUGUGAUAUGCAGAGGUGAGGAACAUGCAUCGAACUUCUACGUAUGCCACAUCAAUAACUUGGUUUUAUUGAAUGCCUCUUAGUUCCUCCUCACUGGUGAGGUACAGUUUUGUUUUUCUUUUUAGUUUUUUUACCAUUGUUUGUCCCAAAUGUGAUGUUACUGGUACUCUCCUGAUGAGAAUUAUAUAGUUGCCUUGCUUAUUUACAUGUCCUCUACUAUAUGUGAAUGACUUUCUUUUUUUUUUUUUUUUUUUUAAUCCCAUAUCACUGAGUAGUUAUCUCUUGUAUCUUUAUUUUCAUUAAUUUUAGUAAGAUUCAGUUUUAUAAUGGAACCACUGGUUUCUAAGUAUAUUCAUGUUCUAGUUAGGAAGUUAAUAUACUGACCUUUAAUUAUUUAAAGUAGAACAAUACUUGAGUUCUCACCGGUAAAAAUGUACACUUUCAUUUAUGAGAAUGUAAACCCCACCACAUGACAUUAUGUGGUGUGGCGUAUGCCCCCUCACUAACAAAUUUCAUUCACAUCUAGUCAAAAGAUGUAUUAGUAUUUCAAAAAAUUUGCAGAAAAUAAUCUUGCUGAUCAUUGCCAAAUAAGCUUUGAUGGACGUUGAAACAAUUUUUUGUUUUGUGAAAUAAUAUUUAACAAUGCUUUGUUAUAAAGUUUUUUACUUCACUGCCGACAGAUUUCGUUCUUAAAUACGUCAUUUUAAUGCAUAUGCAAUACUUAUUGUAUAGAAAAUAUAACACAUGCACUAUUUACUAUAUCGAAAAUACAACAUACAUAACACUAGCAAUCUACAUUGCAACAUUAGAUAAUGUGUUUAUAUAAUGAGUGUUGCAUUUGUUGUUAGAGGAGAACAUCUGACUCUCCAAUUUGUUUGUGAAAUUCUAUUUAACAGGUCCUAAAAUAAUUGAAACUACAAAGAGACAAAAAAAAAAAAGAUUUAUUUACCAAAGAGAAUAUUAAGCCCCCUAUAAGAAUUUUGAAGAAGCUUAUUUAAUAGAGCUUUGAAAUUAAAUUUAUUUACAAAAAAAAUUUACAACUUUUCCUUAAUUCAGAGCAAUUCUACCCUUUGGUAUAUCAUUAUAACAUCGCAGGUCAUAUAUAUAUACAUACAUACAUACCCAAAUAAUAGGUCAUUGUCUACAGUGUAUAGUAGAGAGAAUGAAAUCUUAAAGAAAGAAAAAGGUAUGAAUAGAAAAUUUACAAAAAGUCAAAGGCUAAUUUUGUCUUUUAACAUAGCAAAAUUUGGAAUUAAAAAGGUAUUGACUGUCUCUUAAAAUUAAAUAAAAAAAGAAAAGUUCUCAAAUUUCAUAUUCUGGGAAUUCAAAUUCAACCAAAUGUAACUCUGGCGCCUCGUUUAACAUUUGGUAAUUCGAAACUCCCAAAAAAGUGAAAGAAAUCACAAUAUCCACACAAACACCAGAGAGAUAUAAGUGAAGAAUGUUCUGAGUAUGUCGUCGUCAUUAUCGUCAAUCGGUGAUCGGAAAAUUGGAGUCAGAAGAUCGGCUCGAAUUGCUCAGCGUGCCAUCGCCGGCAAGAGUCGCUAUGGCGACGCAGACUCUCCUAAGCUAAAAGAGGCAAUUUUCUCUUUCCCUCUUCUUAAACAUACAUAUAAUAUUCAUGAUAUAUAUAUAUAUAUAUAUAUAUAUAUUUGAUUGUUUAGUGAAAUUUUAUGCUGAAUAUCUUGUUGAUUGUUCUAAGAUAGUUUAUGUUCUGAAGCAAGAUGCUUUGUUUGUUACAAUGAUGAGUCAAUGUAUGGAUAAAUUGUAUAAUUUUUGGUUGAUGCAAACCAACUGCUCGGUUAAAUGCCCAAAUGAUGGGUUGGGGAUUCAUGGGAAGUAAUUACAUAGGCCAAUGUCAUUUUUGAGGUUAGGAUCCUGAAAUUGAUUAGGCUACAUUUUAUGAUAUGAAAAAUCCUUUUGUGGUGUUGUGCAUGAGCAAAUUUCUGGUUGAUGCAAACCAACUGCUCGGUUAAAUGCCCAAUUGAAGGGUUGGGAUUAUUUAGUUAAAUAAGAGGCUUUCACUUUUAUUGUUAAGAAAAUCAGUAGUUGUGUUGUGUAUAAGCACAUUUGUUUCAAGCAUAUCACUAGUCAACAACUUAAAAGACUAAUGUGUUAGCUGUUGAUUGUUGUGUUGAUACUACAUGAAACAUUGGUUUUCAGAGAAAGGCAGUGGUGACACUUUUUAUCCAUUUAUAUUGCUUGUAUCUGAUUGUGUGCAUACUCUUAUCAUGUUGGUUUUUAAUGAAAGUGAUGGUGGUUAAAUAUUUGAAAGACAUUUCCUUUUGAAUUCAUGUUACCAUCUGUUUUCUUAUAUAUGUUUUCCGUUACAGUUCUUUAAUGUGCUCUAAACAAGUUUAUAUAUGUUGUUUUGUUUCUUAAUUAUAAUUUUGUGUAUCAGAUCUUAGAGAUUUUGCUAUAUUUUUCCAUCUAAUCAUUUUUAAAGAAGUUGCAAAUAUCUGGAAUCAAUUUUAUUACUCGGAGUUAUAAUGUUGUUAGCUUUUCUUUACGAGGGAAUUGUAUUUAGAAUUCUUCUUUGAUUUCUGGCUGACAUAGUUCACAGUUCUAAUUUGGAUACUAACUUUUCCACAUCCACAAUCGUUUGAGGUUCCUUAAAUGUUCCAAAGAGUUUCACACCUGAUCUGAAAUCAAAAAUCAAACGAUUACCAAUCGCCCCUAAAAGGUGGGGAACCUAAAAAGACGACUACUUUGUCAUUAAGUGGAAAACCAUAAUGGGCAUGCUAGUGCAGCCCAAGUAUGUGCAUGGUGGAAGAAACUCUGGAUAGGAAUGUCUCAAUAUGAAGGAUCCUUGUGGAAGCACUUUGGUACCAGUUGAGUUUACACAGUUUGUGUUGCUUAUUUGUUCUGGAAGUUGAUGCCUUAAUCCUUAAACAUUAUUACCUGCUAAUGACUAACUUAGCUAGCCUAUUUCUAUUAAACAAGUAUGAUAAUAACAAUGCAGACGUCCUCAUUUUUCCAAUUCUCAAACUACUAAUUGCAUGAAUUUCCCGAAAAAAAUACUUAUUGCAUUGAUCCAACUAGUAAAGCAAACGUAUUUUCAUUAUCUUAGAUAUUUUGGAUCCAAUUUACUUUAUAUAAAACUAGUUUUACUAGUGCAUGAUUUGCAACUGAAGCAUCCAUGUCAGAAUUAUAUAUUGGACUGAACUCAUAAAGAAAUUAAAUUACAUGGAUGUUGAAUUAGUAUGCCCAAUACUUGUUUCUUGAAAUGGAAUAGUGUAAAAUUUCUAGAAAGACUUGGGCUUUGCCUUUGGUGAAGAACAUAGCUAAAGAAUUUUAUCCAUCUUUGGCUUCCAGUGCUCCGGCCAAUUGUUUAUAUAGCGUUAUUUUGUAAUUUUGGUUGAAGCUGUAGCCUUUUUAUUAAGGAAAAAAAAAAAAAAAAAAAAUUCGAAACUGUUAAGAGGGCAUACCAUUUAAAAUUUUAUUUUUUUUGCAUUCUUCUAUAUAUGUUCUAUUACAAAUUCCUUAAGUGUGUUCUUUUAAAAUUAUUUUAGGUUUCCUUGGUGGGUUUAUUUUUAUUUAUUUUUUCCUUUUGUGAUAUAUAUUCUGAAUUUUAUUAUAGGAAUGUUCUUUUAGAUCCUAUUUAAUGUUUCAUUUUUCUUAUAAAAGUCCUUUCUAAAGUUGCAGAUGGGUGGAGUUAAUCGUAACUCCAAUAAUUUUAAGGUUGCUACUUGUUCAAGUAGAAGAAAGAUGAAAUUCAGCAUACCUUUUCUUCCUGAAGAGAUCAUAUUUAACAUCCUGCUUUGGUUACCUGCUGAGGUUCUUUACAAUGUGAUGAGGUAUGUUUGUCGAGAUUGGUAUAAUAUGAUCAGUGACUCUGGUUUUAUUAAAGCACACCUUCAAAAUUCAACUGAUGCCCUAUUAAUUGAUAGUUGCCACAUUUCAAAUUCGGCCUCUCUUGUGGAGAUCCACAACUGUGAUGUUAAGAUAAGAAAGUUAAGAUACAGGUUUCUUCGGCAUUGUUAUGGUAGUUGUGAUGGGUUAGUUUUCUCUCGCCACGAUAAUAUAUACUAUGUUGCAAAUCCUAUUACGAAGCUACUAGUGACCCUCCUGCCGUUUUUUAAGACAAGUUAUAUAUGUUGUCCUCGAUUAACAUAUGUUCGCUCUACCGGGAGAUACAAAGUGAUAAUUAUCAUCCGUUAUGAAAACAAGGACUAUUUCUGUUUAAUAUUAACUAUUGGUACUGAUAAUGAUUGGAGAUUGAUAGAUACUAAUCAUUUGCCAAACUUUAAUCGGUAUUUGUUAUUAUGCAAGUCAUUUUCAACUGAAGGGUAUAUUUAUAUUACUAGUAAGAGUGCUUCUCAUCUCUUUGCUUUGGAUGUCGAAGCUGAAAUAUUUCACCAGUUUCCUGUUCCAAAUGUCUACCACAACGCAAUAAGAGAUACUUAUAUAGUGUGGAAAAGCUUUCUAGCUUGGGUGGCUCAUUGUGGUGAAUUUGUUUGGGAGCUGUGGGCCUUGACCGAAUUGAAUACAGGAGGAUGGACCAGGGCUUUUAGCAUUGACAUGAGGGGUCAAAGAUGCAUUAUUGAGCAAAUAUUUGAUGUCCCGAAUGGUAAUUCGUCUUUGGAUAGUUACUUAUUAGAAAAGAAUUGGUCUUCUCGUUAAAAAAUGGAGAGCUGGUGAUCUUUCGUGGUGUAGAUCCCUUCAAAACA